AGUGACUUUUACUCUUAAAAAGGUUAGACUGUGAGAGUUGAUCGUCACAUUCGGUCCAAGUAGCAGCUGGAGAAAUGAAGUCGUUUGUAUUCCUCUCGCUAAUUGCCACAAUCGCGUGCAUCUCCGUUAUCCAUUCGGCGCCAGUCUCCCUCACAAGAAACAAUCAUCGAGUUGAUCAACCUCUUGGAUUUCUUACCAAUUUUAUUCUGAAUAAACGAGCCCGGGUAGUUCAAACUCCUGUUGUUGUCUCCGAAGGGAAGAAACGGGCUGUCGACAGUGGGGCUUCUACUUCUCCACGUUACACGAAUACUUACUGGAAAUCAAUUAAACCAAAGGCACUCGCACAUUCCGUCAAAACGGACAGCAACGAUGCGGGGAAAUCGAAGCCAGUGAUCGAUCUGCUGUUAUUCGGGGAUCUCACUAAUCGCAACCAGAGGACUGCGGAGGUCACUGCGGCCGAAGCAAUCCUGGAAGAACUUUCAUCUGCCUCCGACCUUGCGGAGGCUCCGGUUGUUGAAAUCGUCGAAAUAAAAGCGGAAGAAAUUUCACCUGCCGAAGUUGAGACUCCCGUUGUUGAACUAGUUGAAAUCGUCCAAAUUGCGGAAGCAGUUGCCGCACAGGAAACCGUCGCUGUGACGACGGUGGAAGCAAGUUCCGCUGCAACCGAUGCAUCCGCAACAGCAUCUGCCGCUACCAGCAGCGCUGUUUCUGAAACUGUUGAAAAAGAAAGUCCAGCCAAAGCCAUCGAAGUCCCAGUCACCAAUUCGAAAAAAGUGGUGUACGUUGACAAUACUCGGGAUUUCCGAGUCACUUUAGAAGUAAUUAAAGUUGAAUUCGAUCCUGUUUACCAUCACGAAUCGACUGUCGAGACCGUGUCUGAGAGCUCCACCGCGGUCGAAAAAGCGCCGGUUGCAUCAGUGGAAGCCUCGGCCGGAGCAAGUACUUCCAGCACCGGUGACUCUGCAUCCGCCACGGUCGUUGCUGAAGCUGCCGCCGUCAGCAUCCCUGUCGAUCUGGUUAUUCUUAUCGAGACUGAUGGUGUUAGCUCCGCUGCUGAAGUAGCACCAGCCGCCGUUGACUCCAUUUCUUCUGUUGGUGCCAUUCCUGGUGUGGAUUCAGCUCCUGUCACUGUUGUUGCUACUCCUGUUGCUUCGGCUUCUGCUACUGCAGUUGAAGCUUCUACAACUGCCGUUGAAAGUUAUUCUGCAACGGCAGUUGAGGCUUCUGCAAUUGCCGUUUCGGCUCCUGCCAGUGCCGCUGUCGCUCUUGCCACUGUCGUUGCUAUUCCUGUUGUUGAAGUACCAGUUCCUUCUGUAGUUGACUCGGCAGCUCCAUAUGUUAGACCUGGAAUCACUCCCGAAGCUCCUGCCGUCGGGGCUUCUGAUGCGGCAACGAAAACUGGUGGAGUUGAAGGAACAAAAGGUUCCGCAAGUUCCGGAAGUGGAGUCGAAGGAAAAGGCAAAGGAGGCAGAUACUGGGAAACCGGAGGUGAUUCUGAUAGUGAAGAAGAUUAAAGGUCCAUCGCAAUAAUGAAAUGUUUCAUCUGUUUCAUCCCACCAAUUAAGUUCAUCCCUUUUUCUAAUCGACAGUUCAUUUAUUGCGCGUCCGCUACAUUUACAAAUAUCUAAAAGAGCUUUUGAUAUCUAUUAGAUCCGUAUCUACGAAACGAAAUGUAUUUUCGUUGAGUAGCGUAAUUCGUAUCUCAAUGACAAAGUCCUUGAUUUUUUUUCCCUCCCCAUUAUUCGCACGUAACUAAAGUUUUGAAUAUAAAUUUUGCUUGACCAAACUCCGGUAACCAUAUGUCAAAUACAAUGUGUAGUUUUCUA